AUGGAGUCUGAUACUGAAGAUGGCGAGCAGGAAGUCGAUGGAUGUAUUUAUAGUAUUCACGUUCGCAAUUUUUUCUGUCACGAGAAUUUAGAGAUUAAAUUCAAUCGAAAUACGAAUUUUAUAGUUGGGCGCAAUGGAAGUGGUAAAAGUGCUCUUUUAACAGCUUUAGUGGUCGGUUUGGGAGCUAGAGCUUCAGCUACCGACCGAGGAAGCAAUCUUAAUUCUUUUAUUAAAAAGGGCACCAACUCUGCUACUGUUGAAAUAAAACUAUGGAACAGCAGCCCCAGGGCUUAUAAGCAUGACAUUUAUGGUAAUUUUAUAACCAUAGUGCGAACCCUAAAUGCUUCUGGUGGAUCUAGUUAUAAAAUAAAAUCAGCUUCAGGAGAAGUAAUAUCUACUAAAUAUGAAGAAGUAAAAGCAAUUAUUUUAGCUCUUGAUAUACAAGUUGACAACCCUAUUUCUGUGUUAAAUCAAGAUACUGCUAGAACAUUUCACACAUGUGAUGCCAAGAAAAAAUUUGAGUUAUUUAGACAAGCAACCAAUAUAGACCAAACAGAGAAAAAUUAUAAAGAUGCUAUUGAAAAUUGUAACAAAGCUUUGGCUACUUGGAACAGGAAGAAUGAGGCCUGUUUAGAGCUUGAAAAAGAAUAUAUGAAAUUGAAAAACCAGUAUGAACAAAUGCAAUCUUCUGAGGAAGUUAAUGCUAAGAAGAUGGCUUUACAGAAUGAAUACUACUGGAGCGAGAUAGCAGAGUUUGAAAAUGAAAUUAAAGUUAUUGAUACCCAGUUGGAAAAACAUAGAGUAAAGGUCCAGCGUCUCACAGAUAGGUUAAAAAACAUGGAGCAGAAUUAUGGCACCAAUUCAACUGCAAUUGAUUCCUUAAAACAAACUUUACAAGAGAGCAACCAUAAAAAUACCGUUUUGGAGCAAGAACUACAGGAAAUAGAAAAUAGUUUGCGUUCAGCCCAGACCUCACACCGUAACUCUCAGAGAACAAAUUACAAGCUCUCUGAGCUACUAAGCCGAGAGAAUAGAAAGGUUAUGGAUCUUGAGCAAGAGAUACACAACAUAGAAUCGGGUAGCUGUGCAUCACAGCGUACGGAGCUAGAAGCGCGGGCUGCUAGCGCUCAAGAGGCGGAAAACGCUGCUCGAGCGCGUUACGAGACCCAACAAAACGAUACAGCGCAGGCGCGAAGUAAUGCUGCGCAUGCGCAACCGCUCGCCGACCGCGCAGAUCACAGGGUGCAACAGCAACGAGGCAGACUUGCACAAUUAAAGCAACAGCUUCGCGAGCUUGAAUCCCGUGGCAACGACUCCGUGGCCGUUUAUGGCAGAUGCAUGGUGGAAUUCUGUGAGCGAGUUAAGGCGGCUGUCGCUCGUGGGGAGUUUAGCGCACCGCCACGAGGUCCCGUUGGUAACUACUUAAAAGUGAAGGAUAAGAAAUGGGGAGGCGCAUUAGAGCAUAUUAUCGGCGGAUCGCUGCGAACAUUCUGCGUUAACACGCCGGAGGACUCGAGGAAACUCUUUGAGAUUAUGAGCAAGAUCCGUUAUGGGACAGAACCAAAACCAGGAGUGACGUGCAGCAAAUUCUUAAAUAAAAUUCACGAUGUGCGUAGACACACAGUGAGCGUCAACGGGUAUAUGUCCGCACUGGACGCUUUGGACGUAGCCGAUCCGGUUGUGGCCAACUUCCUCAUAGACAACAUUAGGAUGGAGAAGAUCCUCCUCGUCACCGAGCAUGAGGAUGCGAUGCAUCUGUCAGACGAGCAAGAGAACGUCCCCAAUAACUGCGCCAAGAUAGUGACCUUAGAUAGCACGGAGUACCACCCAGCGCCCAAUUAUCGCUGUUACGGAGGUGACUCCCGCGCUCCCACUUAUCUGCAAACCAGUACGGAACAGAGGAAGAUGCAGUUGCAAUUAGAAAUUAAGGAAGCCGAGAAUAUGUUGCGAACAUAUGAAGUGGAGGCGAAAACUUUAAACCAAGAGGCGGCGCGGGCGCGCGAUAAUGAGCGUACGGCGGCCAAAGCGCUGCAGGCGCUCCUCGUCGACUUGCGAAGGAAAGAGGAGAUUGCUAAGGAAGCGGUCGCUGCUCUAGACCAGCAGCAAGCGCCGCAGCAUGCAGUUCUGGUGGACGAACUCAACAUAACCAAAGAAAAAGUUCGUUCGCUGAGCGAACAAGUGCAGAGGGAGAGCGCCGAAGAACGUAAAUUAAAACAGUGCGUAGAUGAAAUCGAAGAAAAAUAUCGAAAAGUACAAAAACAUCGAGACAAAAUCAGUGCUACUUGCAGAAGUUUGAAGGAAGAAAUCGAGCAAGAGCAAAUGAAGAUGGAGCAGGGUGGAGCGGAACAUCAAACAUGUCAGCAGCGGCUUUCGGAGGACAAAAACAAGUUGGAACGAGUGGAAAAGAUACUGGAGGAGAAGCAGUCGGUAUUGGAAGAAAAGGUGCAGCAGGCUCUCAAGCUCUGCCCUCGUGUGGAAAGCCCAAGGGACAAAACCAUAGUGAUAAGCGAGUUGAAGAAGACACAAAUCAAGUUAAGCUCGCUUUCGCAAUCCGGGCUCAACCGUGUGGAAUUUGCCCAAAAGCUGUGUCAGGUGGAGGAGAGUUAUCGGCGGGCGCAGCACUCGCUGAGUCUUCUUAGCUCUCUCAUCGCUGAAAUCAAAACCACCGCCGAUAAUCACCUGAAGUUUUGCCACAUACUGCAGAAGUAUAUCGCGCGACGAGUACAAUACCGCUUUCAAAUUAUACUCUCCUUACGAAACUAUACAGGUAAAAUGAAUAUAGAUAUGGGCAACGGAAAACUCGACAUGGAAUGCAAGCGUGUCGAGCGCAGCGACAUACAACAGGCAACGUCCACCGCUUCAUUGUCGGGCGGGGAGAGGUCCUACGCCACUGUCGCGUUUAUGUUGGCGCUGUGGGACUGUGUGGAGCUACCCUUUUACUUUAUGGACGAGUUCGACGUUUUUAUGGAUAAUAUAAAUCGCAAAACAACAAUCGAGUUGCUGAUGGAUCAUGCGCGGAUGAACAAACACCGUCAGUUCGUGUUUCUGACGCCCCAAGACGCGUCUUCGGUCACGGCUGGACCGAACGUUACUAUUCACGUAAUGGCGAAUCCACGGGAUUGA